GGACUGGAGCGACACCGACUAAAGCAACAGCAGCGGCAGUAGCAGCGGUAGAAGCAGCGGCGGCACCAUGGCGCAAGCCGCCAAGCAGCUCCGUAAGACCAAGGACCUCGCAGAGGCCGCCGCCCAGGAGCAGAGGGAGAAGGAGGAGGAAAAGAUCAAAAAGAGGAAUCGCUCCAGGGAUCGCAGGCGCAAGGCCGAUGCAUCCACCAGCUUCCUGCGUGCAGCUCGCUCAGGGAACCUGGACAAAGCACAUGAUCACUUGAAGAAUGGGAUCAGCAUCAAUAUCGCUAAUCAAAAUGGUCUCAACGGAUUGCACCUGGCCUCUAAAGAAGGUCACGUCAAAAUGGUCCUGGAGCUACUACACUCUGGCAUUGAGCUGGAAGCCACCACCAAGAAAGGCAACACGGCCCUCCAUAUCGCAGCACUGGCAGGGCAGGAGAAAGUGGUGGCUGAGCUCGUCAACUACGGUGCCAACGUUAAUGCCCAGUCACAUAAAGGGUUCAGUCCUCUAUACAUGGCAGCACAGGAGAAUCACUUAGAGGUGGUAAAGUUCCUGCUGGAGAACGGUGCCAAUCAGAGUCUCCCAACCGAGGACGGCUUCACCCCCCUGGCAGUGGCCCUACAGCAGGGCCAUGAGAAUGUUGUGGCGCUGCUCAUCAACUAUGGCACCAAGGGCAAGGUGCGCCUCCCCGCACUGCACAUAGCCGCGCGGAACGACGACACGCGCACCGCCGCGGUGCUCCUGCAGAACGAUCCAAACGCUGAUGUUCUCAGCAAGACUGGUUUCACACCUCUCCAUAUUGCAGCCCACUAUGAGAACAUGAGUGUUGCCCAGCUGCUUCUAAACAGAGGAGCCAAUGUAAACUUCACCCCGAAGAAUGGCAUCACACCCAUUCAUAUAGCCUCCAGGAGGGGCAAUGUGAUGAUGGUCAGACUACUGCUGGACAGAGGAGCACAAAUUGAUGCCGUGACUAAGGAUGAGCUGACUCCUCUCCACUGUGCAGCCAGGAACGGCCAUGCUCGCAUCAUUGAGAUCCUGCUGGAACACGGUGCUCCCAUUCAGGCUAAAACCAAGAACGGUCUGUCCCCCAUACACAUGUCAGCUCAGGGGGAUCACAUGGACUGUGUCAGGCAGCUACUGCAGUACAACGCAGAGAUUGAUGACAUCACGCUGGACCAUUUAACUCCUCUUCAUGUAGCAGCCCACUGUGGUCACCACCGGAUGGCCAAAUUCCUUCUGGACAAGGGGGCCAAAGCCAAUGCUCGAGCUCUGAAUGGCUUCACUCCUCUCCAUAUUGCCUGCAAGAAGAACCACAUGCGGUCCAUGGACCUGCUGUUAAAGCACUCUGCUUCCCUAGAAGCUGUCACAGAGUCUGGUCUCACUCCUCUUCAUGUAGCAGCAUUCAUGGGCCAUCUGAACAUAGUAAAGAACCUUCUCCAGAGAGGAGCUUCACCUAAUGCUUCCAAUGUGAAAGUGGAGACUCCCCUCCACAUGGCCUCCAGAGCAGGACACUGUGAAGUUGCCCAAUUCCUGCUGCAGAACACGGCACAAGCAGACGCUAGGGCGAAGGAUGACCAGACACCUCUACACUGUGCGGCCCGCAUGGGCCACAAGGAGCUCGUCAAGAUGCUCCUUGAGCACAAGGCCAGCCCCGACUCGGCCACAACUGCAGGACACACGCCUUUACACAUCUCUGCACGUGAAGGACAUAUCCACACUAUUCGGAUCCUGUUGGAUGCUGGGGCACAGCAGACCAAGAUGACGAAGAAAGGCUUCACUCCCCUACACGUGGCCUCUAAAUACGGGAAGGUGGACGUGGCCGAGCUCCUUCUGGAGAGAGGAGCCAACCCUAACGCAGCUGGGAAGAACGGUCUGACACCCCUUCAUGUGGCCGUCCAUCACAACAACCUGGAUGUUGUUAGACUCCUGGUCAGCAAGGGAGGAUCUGCACACAGCACUGCCCGAAACGGCUACACUUCCCUGCACAUAGCAGCCAAGCAGAAUCAGAUUGAGGUGGCCAGUUGUCUUCUGCAGAACGGGGCAACACCCAAUGUCGAGUCCCUCCAAGGCAUCACGCCCCUGCACCUGGCCUCGCAGGAGGGGCGGCCGGACAUGGUGGCCCUGCUCAUCUCCAAACAGGCCAACGUUAAUCUGGGAAACAAGAGCGGGUUGACCCCCCUGCAUCUCGUGGCUCAGGAAGGUCAUGUGGGAAUCGCCGACACUUUGGUCAAACAAGGAGCCUCCGUUUAUGCUGCUUCACGGAUGGGCUACACGCCCCUUCAUGUGGCAUGUCACUAUGGCAACAUCAAGAUGGUGAAGUUCCUUCUGCAGCAGCAAGCCCAUGUGAAUAGCAAGACACGGAUGGGCUACACCCCUCUGCACCAGGCGGCUCAGCAGGGCCAUACUGAUAUUGUCACCAUGUUGUUGAAGCACGGAGCCCACCCCAAUGAGAUCACUUCGAAUGGGACGUCUCCGCUGGGUAUCGCUAAGCGCCUGGGUUACAUCUCUGUCAUCGACGUUCUCAAACUGGUCACCGAGGAGUCUGUCUCCGCGAUCACUACAGAGAAGCAUCGGAUGAGUUUCCCUGAGACAGUAGAUGAGAUUUUGGAUGUUUCAGAGGAUGAAGGGGUUACCCAGCUAACUUUAGGGGACGAGUUGCUUGGGAUGGAUGGAGCACGCUAUUUGAAGCUGGAUGACUUCAAGGACCAGGACGAUGAUUUCCUCUCUCCAAAGAAAUCCCUUAGAGACUUUGAGGGUGGCCUGGGUACCACGCCUUACUCUCCUGCUAUUCCCAGGAUCCCUUGUGUGUCCCCGGAGACCGUACUGCUGGAUCAGCACACCCCCGUCCCACUGCCUAAGGAGUAUGAUGACGACUCUCUCAUCCCAAGCAGCCCGGCCACAGAGACGUCAGACAACGUCAGCCCAGUGGCUAGCCCUAUUCACACCGGCUUCCUGGUGAGUUUCAUGGUGGAUGCUCGAGGAGGCUCUAUGCGGGGGAGCAGACACCACGGCCUGCGAGUCAUCAUUCCUCCUCGCACCUGCACGGCACCGACACGCAUCACCUGCCGCCUGGUCAAACCUCAGAAACUAACCACGCCUCCUCCGCUGGUGGAAGGGGAGGGGCUCGCUAGCCGAAUCAUCUCCUUAGGGCCAUCUAGUAUGCAGUUCCUUGGGCCAGUAAUAGUAGAGAUCCCUCACUUUGCCUCACUGGGACGAGGAGACCGAGAGCUCGUGGUUCUUCGCAGCGAAAAUGGUGCAGUCUGGAAGGAACAUCGCAAUCGCUAUGGUGACGAAGUGCUGGAAACUAUUCUGAAUGGCAUGGAUGAAGACCUGGAGAGUCACGACGAGCUGGAGAAGAAGAGAAUCCGCCGGAUCAUCUCCACCGACUUCCCCCUCUACUUUGCCGUGGUCUCCCGUAUCCAGCAGGAGAGCGAACUGAUCGGCCCGGAGGGCGGCCGCUUGACCAGUAAGCUGGUGCCCCGUGUGGAGGCCAUCUUCCCUGAGACGGCCGUCACCAAGAGAGUGAGACUGGGGCUGCAGGCGCAGCCCAUCCCUGAUGAAAUGCUGACUCGCCACCUUGGUAACCAGGCGACCUUCAGCCCAGUGGUCACCAUCGAACCGCGGCGGCGCAAAUUCCACCGCCCAAUCGGGCUGCGCAUCCCUUUGCCACCAUCCUGGCGGGAGAGUCCUCGGGAUGCUGGGGAGGGGGACACCACCAGCUUGCGCCUCCUCUGCAGUGUCAUCGGUGGCACAGCACCAGCUCAGUGGGAGGACAUCACUGGCACCACCAAGCUAAUGUACGCCCACAGCUGUGCCAACUUCACCACCAAUGUUUCUGCGAGAUUCUGGCUUGCAGACUGCCCACGCACGGCAGAGGCAGUGACCUUUGCCAAUUUGCUGUACCGGGAGCUGAUGGCUGUUCCAUACAUGGCCAAGUUUGUUAUUUUUGCUAAGAUGAAUGAAGCACGAGAGGGACGCUUGCGUUGUUACUGCAUGACAGAUGACAAGAUGGACAAAACACUGGAGCUGCAUGAAAACUUCAGCGAAGUGGCCCGCAGUCGAGACAUUGAGCUGAUGGAGGGCAUGCCGCUGCACCUCGAGUGUUCGGGGAACCUCGUGCCCAUCAGGAAGGCCACCCAGCAGCCUCGCAGCUUCAGCUUCCAGGCCUUCAGAGACAACCGGCUGCCUGUCUCUGUCAAGGUCAGGGAUAGUAACAAGGAGGCUGCUGGGUUUUUGUCCUUUCUGCGGAAGUGCACCAAGUACGAGGAAACACAGCACGUACUGUGUAACCUAAACAUAACCAUGCCACCCUGUGUCAAGGUUGCUGGAAGCGAGGAGCGCAGGCGAACCUUAACCCCCCUCGCCCUGAGGGAACGCUACAGUGCCCUGAACGAGCCGGGUGUGGCCACAGUGAACGCCAUGGAGAGGACUGAGCUCAAGAUCAACAUCAUAUCUGAACAGCUCGGUUUGAGCUGGGCAGAGUUGGCACGUGAGCUUCAGUUCGGCGUGGACGACAUCAACAGGAUUCGUGUUGAGAACCCAAACUCCCUGCUGGAGCAAAGCUCGGCCCUGCUCAACCUGUGGGCCAGCAGAGAAGGCAAAAGGGCCAAGAUGGAGAGCCUGUACACUGCUCUGAAGAACAUUGAUCGAGCAGAUAUUGUAACAUCUCUGGAGGGCCAGGUUCCACAGGCAGCGCCCGGCUUUUUGGAGGAGGGGGCCUGUCGACUCGGUGACCGCGACUCCACCCUGCUGUCCCCCAGUGUUCUCAAUGAGGUCACGGACAAAAGGCCACCGCGCCUAAUGCACAAGCCUCAAGUUAUUAGACCCCCGUUUUUCAGAAGGGGUUAUGGGCUGGUGCAGGAGGAGCUGCUGUCCCCGGCCUCCAUGCAGUACAGCUUGCCCUCCCCGCUGGGCUCAGAGCCCUACUGGCAGGAAGUGUCCAGCCUCGAGUGUGCCCCGAUCGCCACCACCGAGGAAGACACAUUAAUGGAGAUGUCGGAGGUGCAGGUGUGGCCCGCAGGGGUCAGCCCCUCGUUGGUCACGGUGGAGGACUACUCGCUAGAGGGCAGCAGUCGGGCCGACGACUCGGAGGGCGCCACGCUCUCCCUUCCCUGCAGCUGGGGUCGCCCGAGCAGUGGAGCCAGCGGGGCCAGUGGCUCCAUCAUGGAGCUGGAAGAGGAGGAGGAGGAGGAGGAGGAGGAGGAAGGGGAGGUUGAGGAGGAGGAGGCGCCACAGGAGGCAGCCACUGCGCUGGCCGAAUGGGACAGGGUCAGGGCCAGUGGUGCCGUACCCAAGGUCAACCUAAAUGGCCAGCUGGGAGGUCAGAGGUUGGAUGGGAGGAGAGGGGAGGUCCUUGCAGCAGAAGGAGGAGGAGGAGGAGCAAAAGGGGGAGGUGGAGUUGUAGGGUUGGGUUCAGUGGAAGGGAUUUCUGUUGUUGCAGGCCAGCAGGUGUAUGCCCAGCGGUAUGAGAUGUCAGGAGUGAGUCGGGCUUUGGAGCACAAUGGAGAUAACCGCGUGGUGGGAGGAGGAGCAUUUCAACCUUACUUAUCAGACAAGGACUCCCUUCAGGGCUGUCUGUCAUCAGGACGCGGCGGAGGCGGGCCCAGCUUGCACAUGGCCCAGGAGGCUCUGUUGACUCCGACCGAGGAGAAGGAGGACUAUGCUGCUGAGGCGCAGUUUGUGGAUCAACAAGGACGCGUGCUUGCCAGAAGGGUGGGGGUGGAUGUGAGAAAGGGCGCUCAGUCAGCACAGCGCACCAGUCUGCGGAGAGUUAAACACUGAAAUACACAUACUGCCCGGUCCUCCAGGACCGGAAAGUCACUGCCAAAUCAUCCUACACAAAAACACAACCAGGCCACAGAGGGAAAUGAGCAAAGAAGGAGAGGAAGAGUAAGAAAAAGACUUAAGGAGGGCAAACUACAAAAUGACAAACACCAAACCAUCCUCAACGUGUGACCAUGGGACAUCACAAAAGAAAAAGAGACGGAGAAAAAAAGAGGAGUUCAACUUGUAGUUUUAUAAACAUUUGUAAAGAAAAACAUCAACUAGAAUAAGGCAUGAUUCUUCUUCCUUUUUGUUUGUUUUUUAAAAAAAAAAACAUAAAUGUCAGUAAAACCAUUAAGAAAAAAAAAAGCAACAAAAAGUGCUUCCUGUGAACUGUAAUCGCAUGAUGACUGCUGGUGCAUGACCUUUGACCUUUUGAACUGCCAUUAUCCUCAAACUGAAGGGUGUACAAGGUACGGGGCUGGCCCAUGAUUUCACGGACCUAUGAUUUCAAGGACCUACCCCCCCCCCCACUCCACCCCUCACCCCCCCCCCCCCCACUUCACUCCCACCCGGACUGGUUUGUAUCAGCAAGUUGAGUCCGAUAACACUGCAGCCAAAAGAAAUGUCCCUCCAUGGAUGGUUCUGUACACAGCUAAGUUUCUGCUGAGCCUACCGAUGCUUCUUUCACUGGACCCCUCCCCCUUAUUAUUCUCAAUGUGAUAUAUGCACUCUAUGCUACGUGGACAUGUGUAUGUGCGUGUGUGUGUGUGUGUGUGCGUGCGUAUUCUUCUCUGCAGCAUGUGUUUUUUCUUGCCUCUGGCUCGGCGCUGAGCCCCUGCCUAAUGAUUGGCUCUUUGGACCUGUGAUGUCAUGGCCCGCACAGUGCUGGGAUGAGCUUGUUAGUGUUCCUGUCUGCGUGUGCCGUCGUCUCUUCCUUCGUGGAUGAAGGGUUUUUUUUCCCCAAAAACUGUACCGCCUUGGUUUUCACCCUUUGUGUUUUCCUUUUGGAAGAGGGUGUCGGUUGCUUGAUUGUAUUGUGCAGCAGCCCUACAACACAAAGAUUGACUCUCCCUCGUGACCUUUUUGUACCCUCUUCUGUCCUUUGUCCCAGUAGCGCGCGCCGUCUCAAUUCAGUCUUUAUCCGUAGCCUCGGUCAAUAUGCAGUAAAAUAAACGGGCCUCUUCAUCAGCAUCGAUAGCUCCUCCACAUACUGCUACAAACUUUUUUUGAGUGCGUCCUCUUCAUCUGUUGGCAACGUGCUCCUCACCGUCACUAAACGUAGGUCCAUUCAUCUGAAACCAAGUGAUGAGAAACAGCGUGAGUGAUCUGAUCAGUUUUGAGGAUGUCGGGAUUUGGAGUAUACAUUUCAUGGUAGCAAGGAUGAAAUAAUAUUAUGCUACCAGAGGUAACCUGGUAUCGUGAUAAGAACUGUGCAGCUUGGACAGACAGGUAGCACUGUGAUUGUCUUAUCAACACUGACCCCUGACUUGUGAACUGUGAAGACACACAAACAAAAGCACACGCACGCUCUCAUAUGCAUAUACAAACACAUAAUCAGAAGCGUAUCGCAACGCGACGCUAUAGUUACAGCCUGGACCGAGUGUUUGAUUUUGAAGUCAGCCACAGCAAUAAUACCUAACCAGAACCCCCGGGGACGGAGGCCAGGGUUCUGUAGGUUCUUCGUAAAGGGUUUGGAGAUGAAGCUCCUGCGUGAAGCCACAGAAUUGGAGUGUGGCGUCGGGCAGCUGCUGAUGUACGUCGAUUCAGGGCCGUUUGGAUUGUUUGUUCUUCAGCACCUAACGUAGCAAAACAUAAACCGGGAGUCUGCUCCUGCCAUGAGGGUGAAACCACCAAGCUUACUGUAGCCUGAAUGAAUGAGACACCGAAUGAGUGGAUACAUCACGCACAAACGCACAUCGUUUUCCAUUACCGCACACGAGCGCCUCAUCGGAUAGAGCACAUGUUCAUGACAUAUCACAUGUUUUCCACUGUUACUCCACUCAGGUUUUCAGUUCUGCUCAAAGUGUUUUCCUUCUUAGAGUUCCGAGUCCUCCUCUUUAAGACGAGCGCGGGACGCGAAGCGAGUGCUUCUGAAUUAGACUUUGGUUGUUGCGGCUAAAACGGAAAGUUGGGGGGUUCAUGAUGCCGGAAGGUUUGUGUGUGGGCGUAUGGGUCUGUUUGUGUGUGUGUGUGUGUUUGUGUGUGUUUGCGGCGGUUCAUUCAAAUAAGACCAAAGAGGAGACAAAGUAUCUAGCAUGUUCUUCAGCAAGCCCUCAGCCCUUAGCCCUGUACGUAUAGGUGUGCUUGAAGGGAUCCUCCUUGCUGCCGAGUGACGAUGAAGAAGAAUGUACCAAGAACUGUUUGGUGAAGCAUUAUUCCCUCUGCAAAGAAGCAAAACAAGUUAAACAGGAAGGUUUUGUUACAUUUAUGCAAAAUCAGAUUCCCUACAGAGAAUAUGAUAGAUCGGAUCAGAGGGGGAGGGCAGCAACUCCCGCAAUUUCCAAAGGGACUAGUUUGCCUCUAUAUCUCGUACUGUAUCAGCACAAGGAAGAGGUUGGGUCGAGGCGUCGAGGUAUUUGCAUGAAGAAUGAACCCUCUGAGGUAUAUACAGUUGUUUGUCAGUGGCGGAGGCCGCCUUUCCCCACGUGGGAUUUGAACUGCUUACCCAGGUGAGAAGGAGUCACAGGAGAAGUGCGUGAGCUCGACAUGAGUCAGAAGAAAAAGUAUUUGGUGCCUGGACGUGUUUCAGUUGCAGUGCAAGGCAACAUUGUAUCCAAGUCCGAUGACACUGUUGACUGUGUCCUUAGUCUUUAGGAUGAAUCCUAUCACCAUACAGCUUGUUUGCUUGUGCAUUAAAUUAUUAUUGGACAUUAAACUAAUAAUUCCAACUUUGGCCUUUGCAGCUUCUCACAGCUUGUUUUCUGCCCCCCGGUGGUUGAUAGAACUCAAUGCAGCAAAACAUCAAGGACAAAAUCUUAUGGGUUUCAUCUCUGAGCCUUUGACCAUUUAUUUAAUUUCCCCUUCAAACUUCUAAAUUAAACUCAUCAUUGAGAAUGUGCUCAAUAAUCAAUUCAACUCCACCAUGUGUGCGUGUGAGUGUGUGUGUGUGUGUGUGUGUGCGCGUGCAAUGGUGCUGUGUUCCAAACCUAGUUGGAUCAGAGGGAACGAAGAGAGAGCGUGUUUACCAGACCUGUUACCCGAGAGGACGUGUAACCUUCGCCGAUGUAUUUAAAAAAACAAAAGAGUAUUGUAAAAUUUUAACUGUUGCGAAAGAAUAGAGAUCACCUAUACUCCUUUAGAAUGGAUACAUGACAAUGUAAACGCAAUAUCAUAUUACUAUAUCCUAAGGAAUGCAACUGCGCACAUGCACAAAAAAAUGUUUUUAUGAAAAUAUAUGUAUAAAUAUAUGACAAAAUAUAUUUAAUUAGAAUGCUAUGCACCCUCAUAGAGUUGUUAUGGAUGUUCUUUAAGCAUUAUCUAGAGUAGGCCAACGCCCACAUCAUGGGGAAUGUAGAGGCUUUGUAGCUAUUAACACUUGUUUUCUUUUCUUUUUGUAAUGUCAUGGAGAGGAUAAACAAACGUGAAUAUGUAUACAAGCCUUUCAAUCAGAGUCAUUCGGACAUGAAAAUAUGUAUAGAUCAUCUUACCCUGUACACCAGCUCAAACCAUUUACAAGAAAUAAUAAACAAAGAUGUGACAUAAA